UUGCUUCACAUAUGUUAUAUGUGAGUGACGCGGCGCUGCACUUAAGGUUAGGAAGCUAAUUGGCGAAAGUGUCGUAAAUCUCAAUACGCUGCUCACUGUGUAAUAAAUAACAGAGAGAUAUUAAUACAUAGGGAAUUGUUAAUUUGGACUCACUCUAUGGCACGCGCAGAAAAAUGGCGGCUUCUUUUUCACCGUUACGCUCCUCCUUCAGGAUUUGUAACCAGAUAGCUGUACACCCUCAGUGCUGCCGGGUCAAAUUGCGGAUGCACAGAAAAUGCGAGAUACAAAGGAGACAUCUACACCUGUCGGCGACGAGGCAUGCAGCUGUGGUGAUUUCGGGCAUGGAAUUAGCUCGUCAGCUUCACAGAGAAAUCCAGAGGGAUGUGGAGGAGCUCGUGGCUCAGGGCAACACGAGGCCUCACUUAGGAGUGGUCUUAGUAGGGGACGAUCCAGCCAGUCGUACCUACGUUAGGAACAAGACGCGAACAGCCAGCAUAUUGGGUAUUUCCAGUGAGACAGUGGUGCGGCCUAGCUUGGUUUCCCAAGAGGAGUUGCUGGAGCUGAUUGACAACAUGAACCAUGACUGGAGGGUCAGUGGACUACUGGUGCAGCUGCCACUUCCUGGGCACAUUAACGAGCGAGCAGUAUGUAAUGCCAUUGCUCCAGAGAAGGAUGUUGAUGGUUUCCACAUUGUGAAUAUUGGUAAGCUGUGUCUGGACCAGAGGUCCAUGGUGCCUGCCACACCUGCGGCUGUCUGGGAGAUUAUCAAAAGAGCAGGAAUGUCUUGUGCAGGUAUAGAGACCGUGGGAAAGAAUGUGCUGGUGGCUGGUCGCUCAAAAAAUGUUGGCAUGCCCAUCGCAAUGUUGCUGCACACUGAUCGUAACCAUGAACGCCCUGGGGGUGAUGCAACAGUGACUAUUGCCCACAGAUGCACUCCCAGGGAACGGCUGAAGGAGCUGACCAUCCUGGCUGACAUCAUUGUUGCAGCUGCAGGCGUUCCCAGGCUGAUCACAGCAGAUAUGGUCAAAGAGGGCGCAGCAGUAAUCGACGUGGGCAUAAACCGCAUCCAGGACACAAAGACAGGGAAAAUCCGUCUCAUUGGUGAUGUGGACUUUGAGGGGGUGAAGAAGAAGGCAGGUUUCAUCACACCUGUACCUGGAGGUGUGGGUCCUAUGACCGUCUGUAUGCUGAUGAAGAACACUGUGACAGCAGCCAGAAACGCACUGAUGAAUUAAAGACACUAUGAAACUGCUAGUUUUAGUAAAUGAAAAUAAGUACCUUACAUAUGCACAACAGUACAACUUUUCAUUUGUGUGUACACACAUCCAAACUUUGGCAAACAUGUAAUACAUUUUAUUUCUAAAAACAUGUUUAUGACUUCAUGCCUGC